UGGCUGCUUCAUGAUGACCUGUCGGAUUACAUCAAUAAACAGAGCUUUGACAGGCAAUGCUGUGCAUAUGGUGAAGGCUACACAGGGACCCUACGAAUGCGAUCUGCGAUGGCGAAGCACCUCAACAAUCAUUUUAAGCCAGUAAUGGCGAUCGAUCCGGAGGAGAUUACUUUUGCGGCUGGAGUGACAAGCCUGAACGAAGUCUGCGCCCUUGCCUUAUGUAACCCGGACGACGCAAUUAUGCUCCCUCGGCCUGUAUAUGGGGCCUUCUACCGAGAUCUUGGCACUAGGACCGGCAUACAUCUAGAAUAUGUUUCCGUUGGAGAUGAGGAUCAAUUUUCAACUGACUGUAUCGCUGCUCUCGAUGCUGGAUUCGAAACUGCGAAAGCGCGAGGAAGGAGUAUCAAAGCAUUAAUAAUAUGCAACCCGCACAAUCCGCUUGGACGCUGUUAUCCUCGGGAGACUUUGAUCAUGCUCCUUCGCCUAUGUGCCUCAAAAGGUAUUCAUUUGAUCAGCGAUGAGAUAUAUGCUCUUUCGGUUUACCAUAGACAUGACCGGCCGUCGGAAAAUUUCACAUCCGUACGCUCUAUUGACUUCACUGGUAUCAUCAACCCGGACCAGGUUCAUGUCCUCUACGGAAUGUCAAAGGAUUUUGGUGCCGGUGGAAUGCGCUUAGGCUGUGUUAUAUCGCAAAACCCUGAGUUCACUAAAGCGACACGAGCUGUUUGCCGCUUUUCUUCUCCUUCUCAAUUCUCUAUGAGCCUAGCAGCAGGAAUGCUUGAAGACCAGGACUUCAUCGGAAAGAUUUUACGCAAAUCCCACGCUCUUCUACUUAGAAACCGCUUGCUAGCAGAAGAUCUCCUCAAUCAGGCAGGUAUUAGCUUUCACAAUAAAGGGUAUGUGAAGGUCAUCAAUAAUUUUAGUGAUUUUGAUAAUCUAACCUCGAAUAAUCAUAAUAGGAAUGCAGGAUUAUUCGUGUGGCUUGAUUUGAGCGCGCAUCUUUGUAUUGAAGAUACUAGUGGGGAUGCAUGGGCUGCUGAGAGGGUUCUCUCCCGACGCUUGAAAAUGGCUGGUGUCAUAAUGUCCACUGGUGAAGAAUACCAUGCCGAAGAACCCGGGAGGUUUCGGCUUGUAUUUUGUGUGAGCGAACAAACACUGAGAGAGGGCAUUCGAAGGUUAGUUCCAUUCAUACUGUGGCUCCGAACCUUGAGAAAGAAAAUCCGUGCUGAAGAGGGGUUCACAGGAUAUGCACUCUAUUACGAAACUAGAGUUGAGGCGCUAAAAAUUCCGGCACAAACAUAA